AUGUCAAUUUCAACUGAACAACCCAACUCUUUUACUACUUCACAUUACAAUUAUGAAGUGAAACACACUAAAUGUGUGAAUGAUGUCUAUAACACGCCAUUCACCUUUUGUUCCAAAAUCGAAGAGCAGUCGACUGAGGACUUUCCCGUAGUCUUCUUGCCAUAUACUCUUUCAAACGAUUUAUUAAAACCAUUAUCUGCUCGGGUAACUUUAAAUCAAAGUGGGAUCACUACUUUUUAUCUACCCGCCAUCAGUUAUUCAUUGACUUCUGCCAUUCAAAGUCAUCACCUUUCCUUUGCCACUCCAUGUAAAAUCCCACAGAUCGAGUCCUAUUUAUAUGACAUUCUAACACUCUUCAUCACAACAAAAUUGCCUCCAGUGACUCUUGAAGACUUUUAUAUUUACGACGAGAGAGGAAAAUACAGUGCCUUUGGCGAUGUCUGUUUUUGGCUCGACGUGCACUCCCCCACCUUCACUUUUUUUAUAACACAAGAGAAAUCAACGAAACACAUCGACAACGACUUUUGGCCUAAAAAGAAGGAGAUUGAAAAGAUCAAACAAUCGACCGUCGCAGACUGUUUGGCGUUUAUAAAAAGCUUUUUAAAGGCUUGUGGGUAUCGCUAUGACACGUGUCUCCGUAUCGCAAAUUUCUUAGUCGAACUCAACGCCGCGACGGACUUCUAUCAAAUUAAGAAGAGCGAUUACUACAACCACCUCCACUCAUUGAAGUGUGGUGAUGAGCUUGACUUAGACAAGUUAGAAGUGCUGACUUCGGACGCGCGCGAUUAUUUCCCCGUCACCGACUUGAAAAUAGUUUACACCGAACAUCAACAAUAUCAAAAGAUGUACUUCGCGAGUACCCCAAACCAACGAACACCAAAACACCUUGGCGGCGGGGCCUUUGGACAAGUCUUCCAAGGGAGAUAUCUUGUCGAUGAGAGAUAUCUCGACGUCGCGGUGAAGUUCUUUAUCGUCGAUAAUACAGUGAAUAACCCGGAACACACGCGGGAUGCUAGUUAUUACAAGGAAAUGCACCUUUUGAGUAGUUUGAGGUAUGAGCCAAAUGUCACGGAGAUUGUCGGGAAGUGCGACGAGCACAAAAUCAUCGUGCAGAAGUUGUACGAGAAGAAUGUCUAUAAUUACAUCAAUGGGAGGAGGAACGUCGUCUUCCAAGAUGUAGAGGAGAGUCGACACGCGUUGAUGUAUAUAGCAGAUAUCAUUACCUCCGUCUUCAAUUUGAAGGAAGUCGGGGUACUCCAUAGGGACUAUAAGAUGGAGAACACGUUCAUUAAAGAAGGAAGAGCUUUUAUAGGAGAUUUUGGAAGCGGGGUUGUUCUCUCGAAGACUAUCACAGGACUAACGGAAAAUGUCACUUUAGCGAAUUGCCCGCCAAAUUUCUUUGUGGAAAAGGAUAAGAGAAAGGUCGAUAAUUACACCGUCGCAAUUAUAAUAGCAAAUUUCUUCUUUUGUGUAAAUAACACGACUAAGGAAUCGCAAUAUAACUUUUUCUGUCAUAUGGAUAAUACAACAGCAACACCAGAGAAUAAUGUGAUGAACGACACUUAUACUAAUCUGAAAAGUAAUUUGGAAAAAUAUAAGACGGAGUUUCUUGUUCAAGAAAAGCUGAUUGACUACGUCAGUGAACUGAAAACAAAACUUUUGAUUGUGUUGGAAGAGGGCAGGUUCAACGUCAAGGACGACGGCAAAGGGACAAAGGCACUGUCCUCGAUACUUGAUAAUACAAAGAAAUGGCUAAAAAAGUUGUAUAAUGUCGAUUAUGUCCAACUUGAUCAUCGGAUUGGUGAUACAGAAGAAGAUAUGUGCAAUAGUUUUGAGGCAAUGUAUAAGAUAGAAGGCAAGAAGUUGGAGAAUCACCCAUAUGCAUAUCUAUUGUUUAAAGAAGAAGUCGAACAAAAAAGGUAUAAAGAAGCGUUGGGAGUUAUGUUUUAUGUCUUGCAAGCGAUGGUGAUAGAAGGCGCGAGAAAGAAAGACGGUACUUUGUUGGAUAGUUUGUGGAUAAUAAUAAGAGAAGUGUGUAGGUUUGUCGAUGAAAAGAAGAAGAAGAUAUUGGUGGACUUGGCAGAAUCAAUUACAUGUGUUAUAGACUCAAAAUAA